AUGAGCCGCCUCUUUGUCGGCCUCGAGACACCGUUUGUGCAGGACCUGCCGGCGACGCUCAACAAGGUGCAUGAGGAGAAGAUGAAUGGCGUUGCAGCGCCGCUCUUCCACCCGCGCUUCCAACGGGACGAUGAUGGGCUCUCGGAUACCCGCGACGGUCCACAAACGCGCUCGGAUCUCGUGUUGGAUUCGCGCGGCUGGACGGCCUCUGUCGUCGGCGUUGUCUCCAAGUGGAUGGACUUGGACGCGACGACACAGCGCGUGCGGCUGAGUGCCGAGAAGGUGUUUAAACAGGAAGUAGCGUGGGCUUCGCAUCUAUCCGUGCCAGCUGUGCUGCUGCCGACCCCGCGGCAUGCCGAACAGUCGUCCAACUACGCGCGCGUACUGAACCAGUCGCUCACCCAGGCGCAAUAUCUCCAGUUUUGGGUGCGUAUUCUGUUAACUCCAAGGCAGCAGUCGUGUGCGAAGGCGCCGAUGGAAACUGAUCCUGUGGCGGGGCUUUGUGCUGCUGCUGCGGUGAUGGAAACGGAAGAAAAUAAGCACGAGGCGUUGGUCGAUCCGUGGGAAACAUGGGACUCGUUACGUGCUCGCUGCGAGUAUCACCCGAAGCUGUUCGUGGCGCUGGAAAUUACAGCUGACCUGCCAAGUGCCGAGGUGGUCCAGCGCUGGCUUGGUGAACCCGUCAAGGCAGCGAUUGUUUCUACCGACAUCUUCCUGACAAAUCGAAAGGGAUACCCGGCGCUGUCUCAGCGACAUCAGAAGCUCAUGGCGCAGCUUUUCCAGCACAAAGUUCAGUUUUACUUGAGUGGGCGACCUCGUCAUCGUGAGAAAAUGCUGCCGUACGUGCAGUAUCUACAUUUCCUUUAUAGCAAACUGCCGAGCCAGGAUCGCAAGACGCAGUUUGAAGCGCCCUACCUAGACUACCUCCAGGCCCCGCUACAGCCUCUCAUGGACAAUCUCGAAUCGCAGACGUACGAGACUUUUGAGCAGGACACUUUCAAGUACAACCAGUAUGAGAAGGCUAUCACAAAGGCACUAGAGCAUACCCCCGACGACAAAGAGUCAGUUGUAGUGGUUGUUGGCGCAGGUCGCGGACCGCUCGUACGCUGCGCUCUUCGUGCCGCCACUCUUGCGAAUCGAAAGACACGGAUGUUUGCUGUGGAGAAAAAUGCGAACGCAGUCAUUACUUUGCGCAACCUCAAGAUUUCGGAGAAAUGGGACAACGUUACGAUCGUGGCAUCGGACAUGCGUAGCUGGCGCACAAAAGAGCGCGCAGAUAUUAUGGUCAGUGAGCUUCUUGGAUCCUUCGGUGACAACGAGUUGUCCCCUGAGUGUCUAGACGGUGCUCAGAGCCUGUUGCACGAGAAUGGCAUCAGUAUUCCGUGUGAAUACACGUCAUACGUGGCGCCUGUGAUGUCGUCAAAACUUUGGAAUGAGGUGAAGGUUCACGACUCGGUUAAGAGCUUCGAGACGCCUUACGUUGUGCGACUGCACAACUUUUAUGCGCUGGCGCCUACCCAGAGGUGUUUCCAGUUCACUCAUCCGAAGUUCAAUACUCGAAUUGACAACAGGAGACAAGCAGAACUUCGCUUUGUCGCUGCUGAGAGCGCUGUUGUCCAUGGCCUGGCAGGCUACUUCGACGCUGUGCUUUACGGCGACGUGACGCUGAGUAUCGAGCCGGAUACGCAUUCCGAUGGCAUGUUCAGUUGGUUUCCAAUUUACUUUCCCCUACGCCAGCCACUGCGUUUUCAGAAGGGUGAAGAGGUCGUGGUAGACUUUUGGAGGCUGGAGGGUAACAGCCGUGUCUGGUACGAGUGGUCAGUGGCCCCGGGUAGCGGUACGUGCCACGCCCCUAUUCACAAUCCAAAUGGUCGAUCCUAUUGGAUCGGGCUGUAG